AGCACAGCCCCCCCCCCCUCCGUGGAAUCACUUAGACACUUCCAGCUGGUGGCAAGGGGGAUACGGCCAUAAUACCGCUUUCUCUGUCCCGGCUGUCUUCCUCAUUACGUUAAAUGCAUUAGGAUGGCUGCACUGCUUUGUCGAGGAGGGUCAGGUGCAGAGAGGUACGGGAAGAGACCUGCAGGCAUGCAUCCGGGUAGCAUCUGCCAGCUUCGCCCAGACCUUUGAAUUCUGAAUGUCUGCCUGGCUCUGGCCAAAGCUUUUCUUUGCUGAUAAGGGCUGGUUAGAGGCGCCUGAGGAGAGCACCAGCACCCUUUUACACCAGGAAAGGAUUUUGUUGCCCAGGGUGUCCCUAAAUGCAUUAUGGCUCAUGCAGCAUCGCAGCUGAAGAAAAACAGAGAUUUAGAGCUUAACCCUGAUGAAGAAAACGAGAAAAAGAGGAAACAUAGGAAGAGAUCCCGGGAUCGGAAAAAAAAGUCUGACACCAAUGCAAGUUACCUACGAGCUGCCCGGGCAGGCAACUUAGAAAAGGCCCUCGACUACUUAAAAAGCGGAGUUGACAUCAACAUUUGCAAUCAGAAUGGGUUGAAUGCUCUCCAUCUCGCCUCCAAAGAAGGCCAUGUAGAAGUCGUUUCGGAGCUGAUACAGAGAGGCGCCAAUGUGGAUGCCGCAACAAAGAAAGGAAACACAGCUUUGCACAUAGCAUCUCUGGCGGGGCAGACCGAAGUGGUGAAGGUGCUGGUUACGAACGGGGCCAACGUCAAUGCACAAUCUCAGAAUGGCUUCACACCAUUGUACAUGGCGGCUCAAGAAAAUCACCUGGAAGUGGUUAAAUUUCUUCUUGACAAUGGGGCAAGUCAGAGUCUUGCCACAGAGGAUGGCUUCACCCCGUUGGCAGUCGCCCUUCAACAGGGCCACGACCAGGUGGUUUCCUUGUUGCUUGAAAAUGACACCAAGGGGAAAGUCCGUCUUCCUGCUCUUCACAUUGCUGCACGCAAGGAUGACACAAAGGCAGCUGCCCUGCUGCUGCAGAACGACCAUAAUGCAGAUGUGGAGUCCAAGAGCGGCUUUACUCCCCUCCACAUAGCUGCCCACUAUGGAAAUAUUAAUGUGGCUACACUGCUUUUAAAUCGUGGUGCUGCUGUGGACUUUACAGCAAGGAAUGAUAUCACUCCAUUACAUGUAGCAUCGAAGCGAGGGAAUACCAACAUGGUUAAACUGCUACUUGAUAGAGGAGGAAAAAUUGACGCCAAAACAAGGGAUGGGCUGACACCUCUCCAUUGUGGGGCACGAAGCGGCCAUGAACAAGUUGUAAGAAUGCUGCUUGAUCGGGGAGCUCCUAUUCUUUCCAAAACAAAGAAUGGCCUGUCUCCAUUGCACAUGGCGACGCAGGGGGACCACCUCAACUGUGUCCAGCUUCUGAUCGAGCACAAUGUGCCUGUGGACGAUGUCACCAACGACUACCUGACGGCGCUGCACGUCGCCGCUCACUGUGGCCACUACAAAGUCGCGAAGGUUUUGUUGGACAAGAAAGCGAAUCCUAAUGCCAAAGCACUGAACGGUUUCACACCUCUCCACAUUGCCUGCAAAAAGAAUAGAAUUAAAGUUAUGGAACUUUUGCUGAAACACGGGGCGUCUAUCCAAGCUGUCACUGAGUCGGGCCUGACUCCGAUCCAUGUGGCUGCCUUCAUGGGACAUGUAAAUAUCGUUUCACAGCUGAUGCAUCACGGAGCAUCACCCAAUACAACCAACGUGAGGGGAGAGACAGCCCUACAUAUGGCUGCAAGAGCUGGCCAGUCGGAAGUUGUUCGGUACUUAGUACAGAACGGAGCUCAGGUAGAAGCAAAAGCCAAGGAUGACCAAACGCCACUGCACAUCUCUGCACGACUGGGGAAGGCUGAUAUAGUUCAGCUGCUGUUGCAACAAGGAGCGUCUCCAAAUGCUGCCACGACGUCAGGAUAUACGCCAUUGCAUCUCUCGGCACGAGAAGGACACGAAGAUGUAGCAUCCAUCCUGUUGGACCAUGGUGCCUCUUUAAAUAUAACUACCAAGAAAGGGUUUACACCUCUACAUGUGGCUGCCAAGUAUGGCAACAUCGAAGUGGCCAACCUCCUGCUUCAGAAGAGUGCCCCCCCUGAUGCUGCUGGAAAGAGUGGUUUAACUCCACUGCAUGUCGCGGCACAUUACGAUAAUCAGAAAGUGGCGCUUCUGCUCUUGGACCAGGGAGCCUCACCUCACGCCUCUGCAAAGAAUGGUUACACGCCCCUGCACAUCGCUGCCAAGAAGAACCAGAUGGAUAUUGCAACCACGCUGCUGGAAUAUGGUGCUGAUGCCAAUGCAGUCACCAGGCAGGGCAUUACUCCUGUGCAUCUUGCCUCCCAAGAGGGCCACGUAGACAUGGUGUCAUUGCUCCUAACCAGAAAUGCUAAUGUGAACCUAAGCAACAAGAGUGGCCUGACUCCACUGCACCUGGCGGCUCAAGAGGACAAAGUCAACGUGGCCGAGGUCCUUGUUAACCAAGGCGCUGUUGUGGAUGCACAGACCAAGAUGGGAUACACUCCAUUACACGUCGGCUGCCACUAUGGAAACAUCAAAAUAGUUAAUUUCCUUCUGCAGCAAUUUGCGAAAGUUAAUGCCAAAACAAAGAAUGGUUACACGCCCCUUCAUCAAGCAGCACAACAGGGACAUACUCAUAUAAUCAACGUCUUGCUCCAGAAUGGCGCUUCGCCAAAUGAGCUCACUGUGAAUGGGAACACUGCCCUUGCCAUUGCCAGACGACUGGGCUACAUCUCCGUGGUCGACACUCUGAAGGUCGUGACGGAAGAGACCAUGACCACCAUUACCGUCACAGAAAAACAUAAGAUGAAUGUCCCAGAAACAAUGAAUGAAGUCUUGGAUAUGUCUGAUGAUGAAGUUCGUAAAGCGAAUGCCCCUGAAAUUCUCAGUGAUGGUGAAUAUAUGUCAGAUGUUGAAGAAGGUGAAGAUGCCAUGACUGGAGAUACAGACAAGUAUCUGGGGCCUCAGGAUCUCAAAGAACUCGGAGAUGAUUCUCUGCCUGCAGAAGGAUACAUGGGCUUCAGUCUAGGCGCCCGAUCUGCCAGCCUCCGCUCCUUUAGUUCGGCCGGGUCCUACACUCUGAACAGAAGCUCCUUCGCUCGGGACAGCAUGAUGAUCGAAGAACUGCUGGUGCCAUCGAAAGACCAGCACCUGACGUUUCCAAGGGAAUUCGACUCUGACUCACUCAGACAUUAUAGCUGGGCUGUAGACACCUUGGAUAACGUUAACCUUGUCUCCAGUCCUAUCCAUUCUGGUUUUUUGGUUAGUUUUAUGGUGGAUGCCCGUGGAGGUUCCAUGAGGGGCAGCCGUCACCACGGUAUGAGGAUUAUCAUUCCUCCACGAAAAUGUACAGCGCCCACCCGCAUCACCUGCCGUUUGGUAAAGAGGCACAAACUGGCCAGCCCUCCACCAAUGGUUGAAGGAGAAGGAUUGGCUAGUAGACUGGUGGAAAUGGGGCCUUCAGGUGCACAAUUCUUAGGUCCUGUCAUAGUGGAAAUCCCCCAUUUUGGAUCAAUGCGUGGAAAAGAAAGAGAGCUGAUAGUGCUUCGAAGUGAAAAUGGUGAGACGUGGAAAGAGCACCAGUACGACAGCAGACAUGAAAACCUCACUGAAAUUCUCAAUGGCAUGAAUGAAGAGAUGGACAGUGCCGAAGAACUUGAGAAGAAACGCAUCUGCAGAAUUAUCACAAAGGACUUCCCUCAGUACUUUGCGGUGGUUUCACGAAUCAAGCAAGAAAGCAACCAGAUUGGUCCUGAGGGUGGUAUCCUGAGCAGCACAACUGUGCUGCGGGUUCAGGCUUCAUUCCCAGAAGGAGCGUUAACCAAAAGAAUACGAGUGGGCCUUCAGGCUCAACCAGUUCCAGACGAAACCGUCAAGAAAAUUCUUGGCAACAAAGCAACUUUCAGUCCCAUUGUUACUGUGGAACCCAGAAGAAGAAAAUUCCAUAAACCAAUCACCAUGACAAUCCCUGUGCCGCCCCCAUCUGGGGAAGGGAUAACCAAUGGAUAUAAAGGCGACACAACGCCCAGCCUUCGACUACUAUGUAGUAUCACAGGCGGUACUUCACCAGCUCAGUGGGAAGAUAUCACAGGCACCACUCCACUGACCUUUGUAAAUGAUUGUGUCUCUUUCACAACCAACGUUUCAGCCAGAUUUUGGCUAGCAGACUGCCAUCAAGUUCUUGAAACUGUCGGGCUGGCCACACAACUUUAUAGGGAACUAAUAUGUGUUCCAUACAUGGCCAAGUUUGUGAUUUUUGCCAAAAUGAAUGAUGCUGUAGAAUCCAGUUUGCGUUGCUUCUGCAUGACGGAUGACAAAGUGGACAAAACGUUGGAGCAGCAAGAAAAUUUUGAAGAAGUUGCAAGAAGCAAAGAUAUUGAGGUUCUGGAAGGAAAGCCUAUUUAUGUGGAUUGCUAUGGGAAUCUGGCCCCUCUAACAAAAGGAGGACAACAACUUGUGUUUAAUUUUUAUGCUUUCAAAGAAAACAGACUGCCAUUUUCUAUCAAGAUUAGAGACACCAGCCAAGAACCUUGUGGUCGCUUAUCCUUUUUAAAAGAACCAAAGACUACAAAAGGUCUACCACAAACAGCCGUUUGCAACUUAAAUAUCACUCUGCCAGCUCACAAAAAGGAAACAGAGUCAGAUCAAGAUGAUGAGACCGAGAAAACGGACCGGCGGCAGAACUUUGUCUCCCUUGCUUUACGUAAGCGCUACAGCUAUCUGACUGAGCCUGGAAUGAAAACAGUUGAACGAAGUACAGGAGCUGCAAGAUCCCUACCUGCUACCUAUUCAUACAAGCCAUUCUUUUCCGCAAGACCAUAUCAGUCAUGGACCACAGCACCAAUAACAGUGCCUGGGCAAACCAAAUCAGGCUUCACUUCCUUAUCAAGCUCUUCCUCUAACACUCCAACAGCUUCCCCAUUAAAAUCAAUAUGGUCUGUUUCUUCUGCUUCACCGAUAAAAUCCACAUUAGGAGCCUCUACUACAUCUUCAGUUAAAUCUGUUAGCGAUGUAGCUUCUCCAAUUAGAUCAUUUCGGACAAUGGCCUCGCCAAUAAAAACCGUGAUCUCACCGUCUCCGUAUAAUAUCCAAGUCUCUUCUGGUUCCUUCAUCAGAACUCCCGCAGUAACGGAAACCACUAGUUUGAAAGGGCUGGCAUCCAGUUCUGCUUUCCCCUCUCGGACAUCUCCAGUGACUACAGCUGGGUCUCUUUUGGAGAGAUCAUCCAUUACCAUGACGCCUCCAGCAUCUCCCAAAUCGAACAUUAACAUGUACUCUUCAAGUUUGCCAUUUAAAUCAAUCAUCACAUCAGCAUCACCGCUUUUAUCUUCACCUUUAAAAUCAGUGGUGUCUCCUGCUAAGUCAGCAGUUGAUGCUGUUUCAUCCUCUAAAGUCACGAUGGCUUCAUCCCUCUCAUCCCCUGCGAAACACAUAGUCGGGCAUACAGAGAUAGCCAUGGUUAAUGGGUCCAUGUCACCUUUGAAAUAUCCAUCCCCUGCCAGUUUACUCAAUGGAUCUAAAGCCACGGGCACAUUUCAAGACAAGAUCACUGCGGCAGCCAGUUCUGCAAGUUGUGCUGCUAAUGCAGCCGCCGAUACAGUUGAGAAAAUGUUUCCAACCACUACCGCAAUGCCAUUUUCUCCACUCAGGUCGCUUGUGUCUUCGAGUCCAUCAGCCUUUCAGUCAAUAAGAACUUCUUCUACAGGUGCACUAUACACAUCUCUUGGGUCAAUAUCAGCAACUACCUCGUCAGUUACUUCAUCAACAAUCACAGUGCCAGUAUAUUCUGUAGUCAAUGUUUUGUCUGAACCAGCACUAAAGAAGCUCCCAGAGUCAACUUCCCUUACAAAAUCGGCAGCUGCGUUGUUAUCGCCUGUUAAAACAUUGACUACAGAGACACGCACACAGCCUCACUUUAACCGAAACUUAUCUCCUAUAAAAUCAUCCUUGUUUUUAGCACCCUCUGCGCUUAAGUUGUCCGCACCAUCUUCUUUAUCCUCUAGUCAGGAGAUAUUAAAAGAUGUGGCUGAGAUGAAAGAGGACCUAAUAAGAAUGACAGCGAUAUUGCAGACAGAUGUAACGGAGGACAAGGCAUUCCAGCCAGAACUAACAAAAGAGGGUAGAAUAGAUGAUGAAGAACCUUUUAAAAUUGUUGAGAAAGUAAAAGAGGACUUAGUAAAAGUUAGUGAGAUACUGAAAAAAGAUGUGUGUUUAGAAAAAGGAUCCGCCAAGCUAUCAAAUAAUGAUAAAGGACACUCAUCUGAGGAUGAAUGGGUAGAGUUCAGUGCAGAUGAGAUUGAUGAAGCAAGACGGCAGCCCAUGAUAUAUCCUCCUAUAUCAAUUUCUGAAAAAAUGCAAAUUAAAGCAAAGGCCGUGUCUGAAAAGGAUUAUAACUUGACUAAAGUAAUUGAUUAUUUGACUAAUGACAUUGGGAGUAGUUCACUGGCAAGCUUAAAGUACAAAUUUGACGAGGGGAAACGAGAAGGCGAAGAGAGACAGAAACGAGUUUUAAAACCAGCCACUGCUUUACAAGAACAUAAGCUAAAAAUGCCUCCAGCCUCCAUGAGGCCUUCUACUUCAGAAAAAGAGUUGUGCAAAAUCACAGAUUCCUAUUUUGGAACAGAUACCAUUUUAGAAUCUCCAGAUGACUUUUCCCAACAUGACCAAGAUAAAAGUCCAUUGUCUGACAGUGGCUUUGAAACGAGAAGUGAGAAAACGCCUUCAGCCCCACAAAGUGCAGAGAGCACAGGGCCAAAACCACUUUUCCACGAUGUACCCAUCCCUCCUGUCAUUACAGAAACGAGAACUGAGGUGGUUCAUGUCAUCCGUAGCUAUGAACCCUCUUCAGAAGAGGUUCCUGAACCACAGGCAGAAGAGCCACCAUCAACAAAAGUGGAACCCGUGGAGCUAGAACCCAGGUCAAAUGGUGGAUCUAUCAAAGAAAAAGUGAAAGCAUUUCAAAUGAAAGCGAACAGUGAAGAUGAUGACCACAAGUGUGUUCUUGGUAAAGGUGUCCGUGUGAAAGAAGAGACUCAUAUCACUACCACGACUAGAAUGGUAUACCAUAAGCCUCCAUGCCCUGAGAAUGCUUCAGAAAGAAUUGAGGAAACAAUGUCUGUUCACGAUAUAAUGAAAGCUUUUCAGUCAGGACGUGAUCCUUCCAAAGAACUGGCAGGUCUGUUUGAACAUAAGUCUUCGGUAACACCAGAUGUUAGCAAGUCAACUGAAAUUUCACCACAACAUGCAGAGAAGGACAGCAAAAUGAAACCCAAACUGGAGCGUAUAAUAGAGGUCCAUAUUGAAAAAGGUAAUGAGGCUGACCCUACUGAAGUCAUUAUUAGAGAAACAAAAAAACAUCCAGAGAAAGAAAUGUAUGUUUAUCAGAAAGAACUAGCCCGGGUUGAUUUGGAAAAGCAUGAUUCUCUUCCUUGUUCAGAUGAACAAGGUCAGCAAGAAGAAGAAGAGCUUACAGCUGAAGAGUCACUUCCUUCUUAUCUGGAAUCUUCUAGAGUAAAUACUCCUGUGUCUCAGGAAGAAGACAGUCGCCCUAGUUCUGCCCAACUUAUGUCUGAUGACUCGUACAAAACACUGAAGCUUUUGAGCCAGCACUCAGUAGAGUACCAUGAUGAUGAGUUGUCAGAACUAAGAGGGGAAUCAUACAGGUUUGCUGAGAAAAUGCUUCUCUCAGAAAAGCUAGAUGUGUCUCACUCUGAUACUGAGGAAUCAGUUACAGACCAUGUUUUACCCCUUAGCUCAGACUUGCAGGGGCCUGAUAAGCGAUGCAGAGACAAAGUAGCUACAGCCCCCCCAAAAGAAAUUCUCACCAAAAUCUCUAAAGAUAUAUCAGAAAACUGUGUAGGUAAAAUGUCCAAAGAUGAUCAUUAUGAUAAAGUGACAGUGUUACAUUAUACCGGAGAUGUUAGUAGCCCCAAGCAAGCCAUGUGGAUGCGGUUUACUGAGAACAGAUUAGAUAGAGGUAGAGAAAAGUUGAUAUAUGAAGACAGGGUGGACAGGACUGUUAAGGAGGCGGAAGAAAAGCUGACGGAAGUAUCACAGUUCUUCCGGGACAAAACAGAAAAACUGAACAAUGAACUCCAAUCUCCAGAAAAAAAGCAACAGAAAAGAAAUGGGAAAGUUCAUUCAGGCCAUAGUUCAGCCAGCAGCAGCCCUGAAAAAGUGACAGCGACUGACCUGCCGUGUUCGAAGGACGACUGGAGUAAAGGAGGACCAUACAGCCAUGACAGAAAGUGCUUCCCAAAACCUGAUGAAAGAAGAGCCGCUAGUUUACCCAGCAGUCCUGAGAGAAGGGCUCUUACGCAGCAAACUGAAGACUGUAAGCAGUUGGUGGAGCACAAAGGAAUAGCUCAGAAGAGUAAAACCCCUGAGUCUUCACCGACCGGCUUUCAACUGAAGCAGUCCAAACUCAGUUCUAUUAGGCUGAAGUUUGAACAGAGCAUAGGCUGUAAGAGUAAGGAGCUGUCGCAAGAUGAUAAAAAGCAGGACGCUCAAUCUAAAAUCCCAGUGAAAAAAUUCCAGGACAGCAAGCUCCCAGUCUACCAAUUUUAUGCACGGGAAAAGCAGGUGAAAGAGGUAGACCUCGCUGAUGGAAAUAUAACACUGCAGAGAGAAGCUUCCACUGCCAAAUUAAAAGAUGGCAUCCUGAGCAAAGGGAAGGCUGUGGAAGAUGCUGCUGCUUCAGAUGUACUGAAACACAGAACUGAAACACUAAGUAAAAACAUUACAGAUGAUUUGUCAGAUCAGAAGGCGAAAGGUCUGGCGUACAGUUUGAGCUCAGAUACUACACUAUCAAAGGGGAAUUGGGAUAAAAAGAUCUAUAGAACAUGGGAAAGCCCCGGAACAUCAACCCAUAAAACACAAAAAGAAAAACUUUCCCAUGUUCUUAUUCAAGAUGUGGUGAAAGAAAAUCACAUUGCCCACCCUGAGGCUAAAGACAUGGGCAAAGCUGGUGAAUUUAUCACUGUGACAGAAUGUGAGCACAAAGUGUCAACAAAUGGAUCGCGUUCAAAGGAGGUGAAGGAAGUGACUGUAAAAUCUCCCUCCAAAAAGGUCCUGUAUAGAGAAUUUCUGGUCAGAGAAGGGGAAUGCCCCAGUGGAGUGAUGGAUAAAACUUGCAAGAAAAAGGAACCGUUGACUACAUCCCACAUCCCAGUCAGGAUUUCAGAAGAAAAAAGAAUGUUAUUAGUUAACAUUUCUGAUGGCAUUCAUGAGCAGCCAAAAAACACAGUCCACGGACUGCCGGCUAAAGUGUCCCAUGUCGGUAUAGCUAAGGAAAAAGCUGAGAGACAGUUUGAUUACGCAGAGCAAGCUAGAAAUAGGCAAUCAGAAUUCAGUAAGGUGAGCAGUAAGCAACAUGGGUGCAUCGAGUUAAGGCCUCCUGUGGAGGAUGCGGAGCUAUCUCCUAGUAAAUCACCCGAUUCUUUAGAAAUUAGCCCAAGGGACUUUGACUCAAAUCAUUAUGCUAAUUUGGGGAAAUCUGCCCCCUUAGCAGUUGCGGCUGAGGGCACAAAAGGGAUAAAAACAUUGCCAGUUUAUGUCAGUUUUGUUCAAGUAGGGAGGCAGUAUGAAAAGGAGGUGCAGCAAGGAAGUAUUAAAAAAAUUGUAAGUCAGGAGUGUAAGACCGUGCAAGAGACAAGGGGAGGCUAUUAUACCACCAGACAGCAAAAACAGCUUCCUUCUCCUCAGGGUAGUCCAGAAGAUGACACAUUAGAACAGGUGUCUUUUAUAGACAGCUCUGGGAAAAGCCCAUUAACCCCUGAAACACCUAGUUCAGAAGAAGUCAGCUAUGAGUUUACCUCAAAAACUCCUGACUCACUAAUAGCUUUUAUACCAGGCAAACCCAGUCCUAUCCCCGAGGUUUCUGAAGAGUCAGACGAGGAAGCAGAGGCUAAAUCAACCUCUGUAAAACAGAUUAGUGUGGAGGCACCAAAAACUGACAAUCACCUAGAUAGAGAUUCUAAUAAAAGGCCAAAGGGGAACAGGGUUGCCUACAUUGAAUUCCCGCCUCCUCCUCCAUUAGAUGCUGAUCAAACUGAAUCAGAAAAACAACGCCACUCUUCUGAGAGUGAGAUGGAGUUGAUAGAAGUAAACCUGCAAGAUGAACAUGACAAAUGCCAGUUGGCUGAGCCAGUCAUAAGGGUACAGCCACCUUCUCCUGUGCCACCAGGAGAAGAUGUCAGUGACUCCAGUGACGAUGAAUCCCUGUAUCAGCCCAUUCCAAUUAAAAGGUACAUGUUUAAAUUAAAUGAUGCUGAAGAGACCCGGAAGGAAGCCUCGAAGCAUAAAUCAUCUGAAAAGAAGGAGACUGGGAAGCCUAAUGAAUUUGAUCUUGACAUGGAUUCCCCCCAGAAUGAUAAUGCACAAAAUGGUAACAAUGACCAGUCUGUCACUGAGUGUUCCAUUGCAACCACAGCAGAAUUCUCCCAUGAUACAGACGCAACUGAAAUUGAUUCUCUCGAUGGCUAUGAUCUCCAAGAUGAAGAUGAUGGCUUAACCGAGAGUGAUUCUAAACUUGCAGGUCCUGCAGUAGAAACCAAAAAAGACAUAUGGGCUACAGAAGGUAUCUUGAAACAGACUGAUCGGUGUUUUAGCCAAAGUAAGCUGGAAGUUAUUGAGGAAGAAGGGAAAAUUGGUACUGAAGAAAGCAAGCCUUUAACAAAAUGCCCAACUUCUGAAAAAACUGCAGAUAAGACUGAGCAGAAGUCAGGGGCCCAGUUUUUUACUUUGGAAGGCAGACACCCUGACAGGACUGUGUUUCCUGACUCUUAUUUCAGUUACAAAGUAGAUGAAGAGUUUGCAACACCUUUUAAGACAGUAGCUACUAAAAGUCUAGAUUUUGACCCUUGGUCCAAUAACCGUGGGGAUGAUGAAGUUUUUGAAUCUAAAUCAAGGGAAGAUGAGGCUAAGCCUUUUGGCCUGGGAGUAGAAGAUAGAUCUCAAGCGACAACACCCGAUACGACUCCAGCCAGAACUCCAACAGACGAAAGUACACCAACUAGUGAGCCCAACCCCUUCCCAUUUCAUGAAGGGAAGAUGUUUGAGAUGACUCGCAGUGGCGCAAUUGACAUGAGCAAGAGGGAUUUUGUUGAAGAAAGACUCCAAUUUUUUCAGAUUGGUGAGCAUACUUCUGAAGGGAAGUCAGGGGACAAGGGGGAAGGGGAUAAAACUAAAGUCACUGCCAUCACACAACCACACUCAGGGGACAAAACAGUAGAAAAAACUCUAGAGGGAGACGUAGAAACACCAGCAAUUGAAUAUAAGCUCAUCACCCAGGCCGGUGGAGAUUGUACGGAAGCAACACUGGGUAGUAGCUCACUGGAGAAAUCAUCAACAGCUGUUAAUGCUUCUAAAAUUGAUCCCAAAUUGCGCACACCUAUUAAAAUGGGAAUUUCUGCUUCUACCAUGACGCUGAAGAAAGAUGGCCCUGGAGAAGUGACAGAUAAGAUAGAAUCUGUGACAUCGGUUGUUCAGGGGUUAGAGUAUGAAACCGUAGCAGAGAUUAUGAGUACAGCUAUGCUUAGCCAGAGAAACGGUAGGGAAGCAGAAAAGCAUGAUUUCCAAAAAGAUAAUUUUAAUAACAACAACAAUUUGGAUCCACCCACUACACCUACUAAUAGUGUUACCUGUAAAGUAGUGCUAAAUGAACACUUUGAGUCCAAGCAUCCCACACAAAAAGCUAAUCAAACAAAAAACACUUCAGGAAGUGGUACAGGUGCAUCACAAGGACACUGUAAGCAAAAAUUACACGGAGAACAUCAGAAGUCAUCUGAGCCACUAGGGAAUAGAGCAAGAUCAAAACUUCCUAUAAAGGCUACCUCAGCAAAAGAAGCCACCCCACAUACCAGUAGCCAGGCUGGCAGAGUGACUAAAGUCAGACAGGAGAGUAAACCUGACAAAAGGAAACAGAACAGCUCUUCUCCACAUGUAGAAGCGAGGUCUAAGAUUCCUGUAAAAAAUACACAAAGGCAUAAUUUAGCUGUAGCUAGAAAGACACCCACAGCUCAAAACCAAGAGCAGCUAGAGAGAAGCAGAGUCAAACCACUUCCUUCUAAAUUACCAUUAAAGGUAAGAUCUGCCACCACUACAACAACGACAGUUAAAGUGAAGCAAAGCCAGCUUAGGGAGGUAUGUAAGCAUUCUAUUGAGUAUUUUAAGGGAAUUAGUGGUGAGGCAUUAAAGCUGGUGGAUCGUCUGUCCGACGAAGAGGAGCAGAUGCAGUCAGAGGUGUCCGAGGACGAAGAAGAAGACAGUACAUCCCGAAACACGUCCUUGUCCGAAGCCACUCAAGUUUUCCUGCCUUCCAUUACAUCGAAGCCCGCUAGAGAUAUGAGAACAGAGGCAGCAUCUUUAAAAUCAAAGAUUGAAAAGGCCGACAGUGAGAGGAGGAGGAGUAAGAGGACUGGUCCACAGAGUCCAUGUGAACGGACAGAUAUCAGGAUGGCAAUUGUGGCUGAUCAUCUGGGACUUAGCUGGACAGAACUGGCAAGAGAACUGAAUUUUUCUGUUGAUGAGAUUAAUCAGAUACGUGUAGAAAACCCAAAUUCUUUAAUUGCUCAGAGCUUUAUGUUGUUAAAGAAAUGGGUUACCAGAGACGGGAAAAAUGCUACGACUGAUGCCUUAACCUCUGUAUUGACAAAAAUCAAUAGGAUUGACAUUGUAACUCUGUUGGAAGGACCAAUAUUUGAUUAUGGAAACAUUUCAGGCACCAGAAGCUUUGCAGAUGAAAAUAAUGUUUUCCAUGAUCCUGUUGAUGGUUGGCAGAGGGAAGCCUCCAGCGUCGAUGUGGAACAACCAAUUCUGGGAUGCAAAAUAAGCGGUGAAGUGCUGGAUCGGCUGGAUAACAGCCCCGACCAAUGUAGAGAUUCUGUUACCUCAUAUCUCAAAGGAGAAGCCGGAAAACUGGAAGCCAACGGCAACUACUCCCACUCAACAUUGGAGGCAAAGACUAAGCCUUUUGCUCAGGAGUCUGCAAACAGUCUAGGAAAGCAGAGUGACAAGGAAACUGUGAAACCAAAAACACUAAGUUCUGUCCGUACUGAAGAACAAACGAUAUCCUUAGGAUCGCAUCAGAAAUCUUUGCAAGAGGCUAGCAAGCCAGCAGUCGAUGCAUCUAAAACCUCUGUGCCUGUCAGCAUGAAAAAGAUGAGCUGGAACACUUCCGAAGAGAGCAAGCCAAGACCAAAAGCCCAGGAAGGGGAAGGAGCAGCAGCGUCUGAACAGAAGAUUCAUGUUUGUCUUUUACAUGAGCUGGUGAAAUGUACUAAAAACUGCAUUUAUCAGGAAUUUAGUGACAGUGACAGUGACAUUGAGAUUCAGAGUGACUCGAGCUCAGAGGAAGAACAAAGAAUCAUGACGCGGGUUUAUCGACGCCGUUUGAUUCUGAAGGGUGAGGAAGCGAAAAACAUUCCUGGUGAAUCUGUUACGGAAGAACAGUUUACUGACGAAGAAGGCAACAUCGUGACCAGAAAAGUCACCCGGAAAGUAUUAAGGCGUCAUGUUAUCCCACAUGAGAAACAACUUGGUGAAAUGCAGGGAGAAAGUUAUAAGGUGAAGACAAAAAAGGAAGUCCGACAUGUAGAGAAGAUGACAUAUUCAUAACAGCCAAACAGCAAAUGGACUGUGUGCGCUAUUACUGCCAGUAUUCUAGGAAGAAACUCAAGGAAGAAAAAAAAAUCAACAGGAAUUAUCAAGUCACUGAUAAAAGCGUGUGUGCGUGUGUGUUUGCUGCUUCCACACAUUAACCGCAUGGUUUUUUUAUGCGAAAAGGAAAACAAAACAAAACAAA